AUGGCGUACAUUAUCAUGAGGGAAAUUUUACAAGAAAACGACAAACCUUUACGAAGGGAGCGGGUUUUCCGAGACAGAAGCCAAGUGCUUGACACUAUGUCCGACUAUGAGCUAAUUGAGAGGUAUCGCUUCCCUUCCAACGUUAUCCUCACGCUUGUUGAUGCAGUCAAGAAGGACAUAGAACCCAAAACCUGCAGAUCAUAUGCCAUACCGGCCCAUAUUCAGGUUCUAACAUGUCUGCGUUUCCUAGCUAAAGGAGACUAUUUAUCAGAAACGACGGACAUCCAUGGCAUUUCCAAAGCCUCAGGUUGUUUGAUCAUACAUCGUGUAAUCAACGCUAUAUGUAAAAAUUUGAACAACAUCCAAUUCCCUUCAAGAAAAGAACAAUUAACAAACAUUAAAGCAGCAUUUUACAAGAUUGCUGGGUUUCCCAAUGUCGUGGGUGCAAUCGAUGGCACUCAAAUACCUAUACAAGGCAUGACUACAGAUGACGAACAUCUAUAUGUGUGCAGAAAGGGGUUUCACUCCAUUAAUGUUCAAGCAGUUGUUGACGCUGAUUUAAGAUUCACUAAUGCAGUAUGCAAAUUCCCCGGGUCAACCCAUGACGCAUAUAUACUACAAAAUAGUUUCUUGCCAAACCUAAUGGUGAGUCUUCAGAGCGGAGGAUGGAUCACUGGUGAUUCGGGUUAUCCCCUUAAAGAGUGGCUAAUGACACCUAUCAGAAAACCAUCUGGUGGACAAGAGGAGCGCUACAACUCUGCUCACUGCCGUACCAGAAAUGUCAUUGAAAGAGCAUUUGGUGUGCUGAAAGCUCGUUUCAGGUGUCUGCAUAAAACUGGUGGGUGCUUGCCUUAUAAACCAGACAAGUGCACCAAAAUUAUUGAAUGUGCUAUCAGGUUACACAACUUGGCUAUAAAUGAAAAGGUGCCACUCAUGGUGGAAACUGAGGUAGGAGAUGAUGGCCAGCAACCUUUUGCUCCAGUUUUUCCAAACAUUGUUGCAGCAGCAGUGCUGAGAGAGAGACUUGUACAAAGAUUUUGA